AUGGGUCACCAGCCCCCUCCCAUCCUCCCUGAGGUCAAAUGCCAUUUCCUCCCAGCUCUUCCUCCAAGCAGAGGCCUGGCCAAGCCACCUGCCCACUUCCUGGGGCUUGAGGAUAAAGGGGCUGAGAGGCUCAAGCAGGAGGAUGCUGUGGAGACCCGGCAAGAAUCAUGCUCCAGUCCUCUCCAUGCUGACCCAGGCUACUCCCGGGCCCCUCCAACUCUCCGCCCGUGUGUCUCUCUACAGAUGCUGAGUCUGCUGUGUCUGACCCUUUUCUUUGUUGGGUGCUCCACGGCUGGAACCCCAGCACCUGUGUCUGAGGACGUGCUGGUGGGCAUUGUGGGGGGCCACAGUGCCCGGCAGGGGAAGUGGCCAUGGCAGGUCAGCCUGAGGAUCUACAGCUACUACAUGGCCUCGUGGGUGCACAUCUGUGGGGGCUCCAUCAUUCACCCACAGUGGGUGCUGACUGCUGCCCACUGCAUUCACAAGAGAGAUGCUGACCCAUCAUCCUUCCGGAUCCACGCUGGGGAUGUGUACCUCUAUGGGGGCAAGGAGCUUCUGAGUGUGAACCAGGUCAUCAUCCACCAGGAUUAUGUGCAUGGUGUCCUGGGUUCAGACGUGGCCCUGCUCAGGCUUGAGAAACCCCUGGGCUGCUCUGCUAACAUCAAGCCUGUCAAGCUGACCUCUGGGUCUCUUGAGAUUACCUCAAGAUACCCAUGUUGGGUGACUGGCUGGGGCAUGGUCCACAUGUAUGCAUCGCUGCCCCCUCCCUACCGCCUGCAGCAGGUUCGGGUGAAGAUAGUGGACAAUGCCAUCUGUGAGCAGAUGUACCACAAUGCCACCAGGAACAGAUACCAGGGCCACAAAUUCAUCCAAGAUGACAUGCUGUGUGCUGGAAGUGAAGGCCGUGGAGCCUGCUAUGGUGACUCAGGCGGCCCCCUGGUCUGCAGGGUGGCAGGCUCCUGGAACUUGGUAGGAGUGGUGAGCUGGGGCUAUGGCUGUGCCCUGAGGAACAUCCCUGGGGUUUAUGCAAGAGUGCAGUCCUUCCUGCCCUGGAUCAUUCAGCAGAUGAAGAGGUUCUCCAUGCUGAAGCUGCUGCUGUGGGCGCUGCCCCUCCUGGCUAACCUGUUGCCCCCUUGCCCUUUUCCAGGCCCAGCUGAGCAGCGAGUGGGCAUUGUGGGAGGACGAGAAGCUUCUGAGAGUGAGUGGCCCUGGCAGGUUAGCCUGAGACUUAAGUUCAGCUACUGGAUGCAUUGCUGCGGAGGCUCCCUCAUCCACCCACAGUGGGUGCUCACUGCGGCACACUGUGUGGGACCGCACAUCCAAAGCCCAGAGCACUUCCGGGUGCAGCUUCGCGAGCAGCAUCUAUACUAUCAGGACCAACUGCUGCCUGUGAACCGGAUCAUUGUGCACCCCAACUACUAUUCAGCCGAGGACGGGGCAGACAUUGCCCUGCUGGAGCUUGAGGACCCUGUGAAUGUCUCCAGCCAUGUCCAGCCUGUAUCCCUGCCUCCUGCCAUGGAGACCUUCCCUUCAGGGACACCAUGCUGGGUGACAGGCUGGGGCAACAUUGAUAAGGAUGAGUCUCUUCCGCCACCGUAUCCGCUGAAGCAAGUGAAGGUGCCCAUUGUGGAAAAUAGCCUCUGUGAUCGGAAGUACCACACUGGCCUCUCCACAGGGGACAAUGUUCUCAUUGUCCGUGAUGAUAUGCUGUGUGCUGGGAAUACUGGGAGAGACUCCUGCCAGGGUGAUUCAGGCGGGCCGCUGGUCUGCAAAGUCAAUGGUGCCUGGCUGCAAGCAGGUGUGGUCAGCUGGGGUGAGGGCUGCGCAGAGGCCAACCAUCCUGGCAUCUACACCCGGGUGACGUACUACUUGGAAUGGAUCCACCAGUAUGUUCCUGAGAACUGAGCUACUUCCGGCCCGGAUGAAGCCUUGUCCUUUUGCCUCCCCAUCUCUCUGAGCCCCUGGCCACCCCUAUCCCUCUGCUUCCCACCCCAGGUGACUGCCCUGGGUCCUCACUCCCCUCUGUGGCUCAUUAAAGUCCAUGAAAGCA